GUAUCUCUCCUAAAUGUAUGGUUAAGGAAUUAUCACCAACAAAGAACAGUAAUACAAGAAAAGGAUUCCAAACAUUGACUCUGGAAAGACAUCAAAGCUACAAUCUUGAAAAUGUAUACUUCAGGGAAAUACAGAAAAAUCUACAUGGACUUGAGGUUCAAUGGAAAGAUGGUGAAAGAAAUUCAUAAAGAAGUGCCAGUGCCCCAUGAAAACAAUAUUGCUGGUAAAAGAGCUCAACAUAGUCAAGAUGAUGUAGAAAACAAGCAUACUGAAAACCAGCUUACAGCAAGCUUUCAGUCACGAGCCUUGCUGAACUGCGGAAAGUUCAAAGUGAGGGCAGAACUUAUGAAUGAGAUCAAAUGGAGAAGACAAGUAAUAAUGGUUGUUUAGUUUCUCCACACAUUAGGGGAAAAUCUUACAUGUUUAAUGAAUGUGGCAAAACCUUUGGAGAGUCUUCCAGUCUUAGUACUCAUCAGAUGAGGCAUACUACAGAGAAACCUUACAAAUGCAAUGAGUGUGGCAAAGCCUUUAAACGGAGCUCAAACCUCACUUUACAUCAGGUAAUCCAUGGAGGAAGGAAACCACAUAAAUGUGACGUAUGUGGCAAGGCAUUCAGACACAGAUCAAAUCUUGGAUGUCACCGGAGAAUCCACAGUGAAGAGAAACAAUACAAAUGCAAUGAAUGUGGCAAGGUCUUCAGUAAAUGUACAAGUCUUGCAGUGCAUCGGGGAAGUCAUACUAUAAAGAAAUCUUGCAAAUGCAAUGAAUGUGGCAAGGUGUUCAGUAAAUGUUCAAGUCUGACAAUGCAUCAGAGAAGUCAUACUGGACAGAAACCUUACAAAGGCAAUAAAUGUGGUAAGGUCUACAGUAAGCAUUCACAUCUUUCGGUGCAUUAGAAAAUUCAUACCGGAGAGAAACCUUACAAAUGCAAUGAAUGUGGCAAGGUCUACAGUAAGCAUUCACAUCUUUCAAUGCAUGGAAAAAUUCAUACCGGAGAGAAAGCUUACAAAUGCAAUGAGUGUGGCAAGGACUUCAGGCUGCAUUCACUUCAUUCAGUGCAUCGGCGAAUUCAUACUGGAGAGAGACCUUACAAAUGCAAAGAAUGUGGCAAGGUCUUCAGUCAAUGUACAUGUCUUACAGUCCAUCAGAGAAUUCAUAGUGGAGAGAAGCCCUACAAAUGCAAUGAAUGUGGCAAGGUCUACAGUCAAUACUCACAUCUUCUAGGGCAUCGGAGAGUUCAUGCUGGAGAGAAACCUUACAAAUGUAAUGAAUGUGGCAAAUCCUUUAAUCAGGGCUCAACACUCAAUAGACAUCAGAGAAUUCAUACCGGAGAGAAACCUUACAAAUGUAAUCAGUGUGGAAAUUCCUUUAGUCAACGUGUCCAUCUUAGACUUCAUGAGACAGUUCAUACUGGAGACAGACCCUACAAAUGUAAUGAGUGUGGGAAAACUUUUACACGGAGCUCAAACGUCACUGCACAUCAGAUGAUUCAUGUAGGAAGGAAACCAUAUAAAUGUGAUGUGUGUGGCAAGGGAUUCAGGCAUACUUCACAUCUUGUAAGUCACCAGAGAAUCCACACUGGAGAGAAAAGAUACAAAUGUACUGAAUGUGGCAAGGCCUUUGGACGGUUGUUUUCCCUCAACAAACACCAAAGAAUUCAUUCUGGCAAAAAAAAACCUUAUAAAUGUAAUGAGUGUGGGAAAUCCUUUAUUUGUUGCUCAGGCCUCACUAAACAUCAAAUAAGACAUACUGGAGAAAAUCUUACAACUUAAUAAUGACAAGGCCUUAGA